GACAGAUGGAGAGGGGAGGGAAAGAAAAUCAGAAAGGGAAGAAAAAAAAGGAAAAAAAUAAAAUAAAAGAAGAGUAUGGAUAGAUGUAAUUACAUACAUGCACGCAACCCAAUCUCCUCUUACCAUGACCCCCGAGUUGACCUAUCUAAUACCAGCUACCUCCCUUCUUCUCUCCCUACCUCUCUCCUCGUUGUCUUCUCUCUUCGUCGUCUCAAUCGAUAAAAACACGCCAUGCCCGCCCACCCCGUUUUUAGCAAGGGCCCUGGUCCCCGUCGACAGACCGUGGGUGGCUUGGCCCCAGAAAAAAAUGGAUUGUCGACGAGGGAGGUACUUACAACCCAUAACCUGCCCUUCAUACACGCACGUACGUAUGUACGUGUAUGUCUAUAUGCCUACGCAUUCUAGGUAUGUACUUACUAUGUAGUGUGCAUAUAGGCAGGUGUAUCUUCGCGUUCGAAAGAAUCAGGAUGUGCGCUCAAGGAUUCCAACCUUACUCUUACGUUGACUUUACCUACAAUGUGUAGAGGUAGCAGGCUGACCAGCGGCGGAUCUUGGGUGGUCGACGGGAUAUCUACA